CGCCAGCUCGCACACCACCAUGCUCACUCCCGCAGUCGCUCGCGCUGCCCGCGCCGCACCCAAGCAUGUCCGCGCCCUCGCCACGGUCGCCGACUCGAAGCCUCAGCAGCUCAAGGAGUUCUCGAUCUACCGCUGGAACCCGGACAAGCCCGCCGAGAAGCCGUACCUGCAGAAGUACUCGAUCGACAUGAACAAGUGCGGGCCCAUGGUGCUCGACGCCAUCCUCAAGAUCAAGAACGAGCUCGACCCGACCCUGACGUUCCGCCGCUCGUGCCGCGAGGGCAUCUGCGGGUCGUGCGCCAUGAACAUUGACGGCGUCAACACGCUCGCGUGCCUCAAGCGCAUCGAGAAGGACUCGAAGGACGUCAAGAUCUACCCCCUGCCGCACAUGUAUGUCAUCAAGGACCUCGUGCCCGACAUGACCCAGUUCUACAAGCAGUACAAGUCGAUCCAGCCGUACCUCCAGGCCGAGAAGCCGGCCGACGGGCGGGAGCACCUCCAGUCGAAGGAGGACCGCCUCAAGCUCGACGGCAUGUACGAGUGCAUCCUCUGCGCGUGCUGCUCGACGUCGUGCCCGUCGUACUGGUGGAACCAGGACCAGUACCUCGGCCCGGCCGUCCUCAUGCAGGCGUACCGCUGGGUCGCCGACUCGCGUGACACGCAGACGGCGGCACGCCUCGAGAAGCUCGCCAACCCGUUCUCGCUGUACCGCUGCCACACCAUCUUCAACUGCACCAAGACGUGCCCCAAGGGCCUCAACCCAGCCCAAAGCAUAGCUCGCCUCAAGCAGGCCAUGGCCCAGGCCUGAGCGGCUCUCGUCUACCCUCUCGCGUGCCCCUCUCUACCUCUCGUACUGUCUCUCAUUGUGCAAUGUCCCACUUUCGUGCCCCAGCA